AUGGGUUCAACACGGUUACUGUGGCUGUUGGUUAUUUUCUGCUGCGGCUCCGUCUCAUCAAAUAGAAGCCGGAUGUUCAUCGGACACAACGACCCUGAAAAUUCAAACCAAGUUGUCGUGGAUGAGGAAGUAUCAGCUACGCUUAAGAGUAGCCUCACCACAGUCUUCUUCCCGAUCGUCUACAUCAUCAUAUUUACAGUUGGACUUCCGGCCAAUGGUAUGGCAAUCUGGGUCUUUCUCUUCAGGACCAAAAAGAAGCACCCUUCAUCAAUAUACAUGGCCAACCUGGCUCUGGCUGACCUGCUCUUUGUCAUUUGGAUUCCAUUAAAAAUACACUACCACAUAAACGGCAACAACUGGAUCUAUGGAGAGCCUCUCUGCAAAGUCCUAGUGAGCUUCUUCUACGGGAACAUGUAUUGCUCUAUUCUGUUCAUCACCUGCCUGAGCGUGCAGAGGUACUGGGUUGUGGCUCACCCACUCUCUCAGCAGAGGAAGAAUAAUAAAAUUGCCAUUGGUGUCUCUGUAGCUAUCUGGGCUUUUAUCUGGGUCACCACCACUCCUCUGUACCUGUAUGACCACACGACCAAGCUAAAAGACCCCAACGUAACCACAUGUCAUGAUGUGACUGUCAUAAAGGACCUAGAAAAUCCAUUCGAGUCUAUCAGGUUGCCAUUUAUCUACUUUAUCAUGAUGGGAACAGUUGUGUUCCUAAUCCCUUGCAUAGUGAUCAUUGUAGCCUAUGCUAUGUUGCUGAAGGCUCUGGGGACAAACAUGGAGGAAAGUACAGCAUCAAAGAACCGACACAAAGUUGUGGUGUUGAUCGUAAUCGUCCUGGUGACCUUCCUUGUGUGCUUCAUUCCCAGUAACAUCAUGCUGCUGGUGCAUUACGGUUUACAAAAGAACAGUAUAGGAAAUCACGGUUAUAACGUCUACAUCUCUACUUUGUGCUUGGCAAGUCUCAACAGCUGCCUGGACCCAUUCAUCUACUACUUUGUGUCUGAGGAUUUCAGAAACCAUGUGAAGAACACUCUGCUGUGUAGGAGCAGCAGGGCUGUGGAGCAAAUGAGAGUUUCCUUCAGUUCCAUGAAAUAUUCCAAGAAGAGCAAAGCAUACGUGUCGGAUGUUGGGACCACACAGAGCAGCACCUGUUAG